CUCUGUUGGGGGAUUCUUGAACAAUUGAGAGUGCUACCAUUUCAUCCACAACCCUAAGGAUGCACAUGGUGCCAUAACCAAUCUGGCCAAAUCUGAAUGAUGACGGCCAAUCACAAAUUUGACAACAGGUGCCCGCAGAUGAGACAGUUAGAUUUACUUCCUCUUUUCUAAUUUGAGAGGUUUCAUGUUGAAGAAAAUCAGUGUGCUGGGGUUGUAGGAGACCUCAAUGCAGUCACCAUGAAGCUGGGCUAUGCCCUCACAGCCUGGGCCCUCUACCUGUCCCCUGCUAUGCUCUGGGCAGUGCCAAUGUUACCAGCUACAGCAUCAUUUUCUGGCUGUCCCUCAUCCAUGGCCUCUUCAGCUGCCAUUUUGGAGAUUCUGGAGUGUGGAGGAUCUGUCAGCACCAAGGAGAGCAGCUGCCUCACCAAUGAUGAUGGGACCAGCACAGAGGAAGCUGGUUUUCAGCUCAAGGGCUACACUUUCAGCGAACCCUUCCAUCUGAUCGUGUCCUACGACUGGCUCAUCCUCCAAGGUCCAGCUGCACCCAUAUUUGAAGGGGACCCACUAGUCCUGCACUGUCGGGCCUGGCAAGACUGGCCACUGACUCAGGUCACCUUCUACCGAGAUGGCUCAGCCCUUGGUCCCCCUCGACCUAACAGAGAGUUCUCCAUUGCUGUGGUACAAGAGGCAGACAGUGGCCACUACCACUGCAGUGGCAUCUUCCGGAGCCCUGGCCCUAGGAGCCCAGAGACAGCAUCUCCCGUGACUGUCACAGUCCAAGAACGGUUUCCAGCCCCGGUUCUCAGAGCCUCACCCUCAGCUGAGCCCCAUGAGGGAAGUCCAGUGACCCUGAGCUGUCAGACAAAGCUGUCCCCUCAGAGGUCAGCCACCCGCCUCUUCUUCUCCUUCUAUAAGGAUGGGAAGAAAGUGCGAAGCAGGGAUCUGUCCUCAGAAUUCCAGAUCCUCACGGCUUCACUCGAGCACUCUGGGUCCUACUGGUGUGAAGCGGCCACAGAGGACAGCCAAGUUUGGAAACUGAGCCCCCGGCUGGAGGUCAGGGUGCAGGGUCCCUCCACCUCUGCUGCUUCUCCCACCUUCAAUCCAGUGUCUCAGAGAUCAGUUGCUCCAGAAACAAGAGCAGAUCCCCCCGAGCCUGUACCUCCGCUAGCCACCCCUACUUCUGAGCCUCCAGUCUUCUCCUCUCCAGACCCGCAUCUUCAUCAUCGGAUGGGCAUUCUUCUCAAGCACACACAGGACAUAAGGGAUCUCCUUGGUUACCUGCUCGUAGAGCUGAGGGACUUGUCUGGCCGCCUGAAGCCCAAGACCACAGAGCCUCCUGCCAAAUGAAAGCGCAUGACUCUCUCCUGACGGGGCUCAGCCACUCCUUGUAAAUCCAGCUCUAUUGCCCUCUUUCUGUCCUGCACUUAGGCAUAAAUAGUUUUACAAGCUGUCCCAGCAUCUUGUUAGAAUAACGAAGGUAGGUGAGUACAGAUAAAUUUGUACAAAGUGAGAGUUGGAGUUUAGCUCUAAUUGUGUGUUCUCUUAACGUGACAAAAUAAUUCUUCUCUGUCUAGACCAAAAAUUGCCUUUCAUUGCCCCCACCAUGAUCCAUUGAUUGGAAGAGAAGGCGUGCAGGUGGAUUUAACACAGUUGUAUCAACUGGGGCAAUUUAGCAAUGUCUCCUGACAUUUUAGUCCUCACUUGUGUGCUACUGGCAUCUUGUAAGAAGCCAAGGAUACUGCUCACCCUCCUAUAAAAGUACAGAACAGUCCCUCCCCCCAACAGAAGGUUGUCUAUCUCAAAAUGUCAGUGGUGCUCAAGUUGAGAAACCCCAGCCUAAUAGACAAGAUCAAGUGCUUCUAGGGUGGCCACAGAUGGGGAACCCCAGGCUAACAAAGCUGAUUUAAGCUUUGGGAACAGCCUUUAGCCCUCCCAAUCAUUCCUCUUCCUUCCCAGCCUCCUUCAGCGAGUGUUAAUCACGGGCCAGUAUUUAGGUGGCGCUGUGGUCUGAGUGUUGCUUUUCCUUCAAAAUUUGUAUGUUGAAAUCCUAAGCCCUAAGGAGAUGAUAUUAGGAAAUGGGGUCUCUGGGAAGUGAUUAUGCCACGGGGCAGAGCCCCUGUGAUUGUGAUUGGUGCCCUUAUAAGAGACCCCCCAGAGCUGGCCUGCCCUUCUGCCAUGUGAAGACACAGCAAGAAGAUACUGCCUAUGAGUUCGAAAUGGCGCCCUCACCAGACACCAAGUCUGCUGGAUCCUCUUAAUCUUGGCCUUGCCCUCUCCAGAACUAUGAGGCCUGGCAAGCCCUAUAGUAAUCUCGGUCAGUGAGUCAGCAUACAGUGGUAUAAAGGCCUCAGCCAAUCAAUGUUUGCACUUAGUGCACAGGCCCUCGGUUCAAUUCCCAGAACCAUACACAAAUACACAGAUACACACACGUGAAUUAUUGCCGGACUAGAUUAUCAUUUAUCCAUUUCCAAAGAGAAAAACUCGUUUAUCUUUCUGUUCCUAAAUUAAGUCUGUGUAUAUAACAAAAUAAUCCCUCAACUCCAGGCCAUUCAUUUUAAUGUUUUUAAUUAGAUGUUUUUGAAA